AAGCCAUUUUGGCUCAAGCUCUUUUUAGGUGCCCCGAGGCGCGCCCGCGUUCCCCCGAGGCGCGCCCCCCGCGCUCCCGCCCCCUCCCCCGCCUCUGCGCGCCGCACUCUCCCUGCGCGUGAGAAAGGGCGUCGGGGGACUGACGAGCGAGGAAGGGCCCCGCCGCCGCCGCUGCCGCCGCGGGGCUCUGCGGCCAUGACGGGCGAGCCCGCCUCCUUCGAGCAGGUGCUGCAGACCCAGCUGGAGGGCCUGCGGAGGAGUCUCGUCGGCGAGCACGGCAGCCGCCUCGCCGCUUCCGCGGAACACCUCAGGGCGCGCGUGGCCUCGCUGGAGGAAGAGAACCGGCGCCUGCGCAGGCAGCUCCCGGGCCGCCCCGGCGAGCCCUCGUCGCCGUGCGGGGGCGCGCGGCCUCCCGCGGCCGCCACGGCGGCGCAGGUGGAGCUCGCAGGCGUGCAGCCCCCGCGGCCGCCCCCGGAGGGGGCCGUGAGCCCGCCGUGCUCCCCUGCGGCCACGUCGGUGGCGGCCGACCUCGACGGCCCCACGGAGGUCCUGGUGGCCACCGUGGCGCCCGGCUGCGUGCCGGCGCCGUCUCUGGGCGAGGGCGCCGCCGUGGCCCGGCCGGGGCGCCAGGUGCCCCGCGGCGCCCCGGAGCCGCUGAAGGACCCCGACCUGUGGUGGGCCAGCGGGGUGCAGAGCGAGGGGUCCGCGGCAGGCUCCCCCCGCGGGCUGCGGCCCCACUCGCGCACCGCCAGCACCGCCGACCAGCAGGUCUUGCCGCGCACGCCCGUCGAGGACCGGUCUCCCAGGGGCGAGCCCCAGACUUUCAAGGUGCUCGACACCUGGGAGCGCGGCCGGCACAAGAUAGGCAGCCGCCGGCAGUCUUUGCAGAGCCUGUGCCGGAAGUCGACCGCUUCCUCCAGCAACACCAUUUGGGCGCUGCUCGGGGAGGAGGACGGGGACCACGAGCCAGCAUGGUGGGAGGAGCGGCUGGAGAGGCUCGUUGUGGAGCCGAACUCCCUCGCCCACAUCUGCUGGGAGUCCGUCGGCCUCGGCCUCGUCUUCUACGACGUCGUCACGGUUCCUCUGCAGCUAUUGGACCCCUUGUGCGGGGUCGUGUUCCUCCUGGCGUCGUGGCUGGCGCGCCUGUUCUGGACCCUGGACGUGCCGUUCGCCUUUCUGACGGGCUUCGUGUCGCCCCAGGGCAGGGUCGAGCUGCGCGCCGCAAAGGUGAUGGCCAACUACGCGAGCAGCCGUCUGCCGCUGGACCUCGGCGUCCUCGCUUGCGACUGGACGGAGGCCCUAGUGUCGAGCGCCAGCGGCGGCGGCGACCCGACGCUGCUGCGCCUCGCGGCGCUGCUGCGGGGCGUGCGGCUGGUGCGGCUGGUGCGCCUGACGAGGGCUCAGCACAUCGCCGCGCUCGCCUCCCAGCACGUCCGCUCCGAAGGCGUCAAGCUGUCCGUCUCCAUUGUUUUGAUUAUGUUCGCGCUGCUGGUGCUGAUUCACGUGAUUGCGUGCGCCUGGCACGGCGUUCGCUAUGGCUUUGAGCUGGGCGCGGCCCGAGACCGCGGACUCGGCGAGGACUACUCUGAGGCGUUCCACUGCGUGCUGGCGCUCUUCUUGGGGGAGCACCUGGUGCCCCCUCAGAGCGUGGGCGAGCGCGUCUUCACCAUCCUGGUGCUGAUCUUCAGCUUCAUGGUGUCGUCCUGCUUCGUCGGUUCCCUCACCACCGCGAUGACCCAGCUGCGGUUCAUCGCCGGCAAGCGGUCCACGCAGUUCGCCGCCCUCAACCACUACCUCUCCGACGCAGGCAUCUCCCGCGAGCUGUCCGCCCGAGUGGUGCUCAACGCGCGGCACGCCCUGCGCGAGCAGAAGCGGCACACGCCCGAGAGCAGCGUGGAGCUGCUGCAGCUCAUCUCCGACCCGUUAAGGUCCGAGAUCCACUUCGAGGUCUUCUCACCGAUGCUCGUCGUGCACCCGUUCUUCCACCUGCUCAACGGCGUGAAUCCGGCAAGCGUGCGCCACGUGUGCCACGCGUCCGUGUCGGCCGUGUCGCUGUCGCGGGGCGACGUGCUGUUCUCCGAGUUCGAGGUGCCCACAGCGCCGAGGAUGUUCUUCGUGCUGCGUGGCCGGCUGAGCUACGCCCGCGGCACGGAGGCGCAGCGGGCCGUCGACCGCACCUGGCUGUCCGAGCCCGUGCUGUGGACGACCUGGGCGCACCGGGGCACUCUGCGCGCCCAGACCGAGGCCAAUCUGCUGGCGCUGGACGCUCACAGGUUCGUCAACAUCAUGAGCACUUUCCCCACGCUGCACAGCCUGAACUACGCCACCAAGUUCGUGGAGAACCUCAACCAGGAGGGGUUCGGCGGCUCGCUGACGGACCUCGGGGCGUCGGAGGACGAAGCCCGGCGGCUCGCCGUGCAGGCCUUCCAGGAGAGCGACCUCAACUUCGAGCCACCCCCCGAGUGGGCCACCGGCCGGCGGAUGUCCAACCUGUCCGUGGCGUCGAUGCUCUCCGCCACCUCGCGCAGGCUGUCCACGGCCAGCGCGACUCGGGCCAGCCGCAGGAUGUCCGGCGCGGCGGUGGUGCCGACGUCGCCGCAGCCGCCCGGGCCGGGCUCGUGAGCGGCCCCGCGCGCGGGCGGCGGGCGGGCCGUGGCGGUCCUCCUGGCCGCCGUCGUGGCCUCAGGACGCGCGACGGCCUGCUCUGGAGGUCUUCGUCGGCGCAGCAGGGAGGCGCGUUUUUAUUCUCAGCCACGGUGGGGAG